AUGGGUCUUGGUAAUACUAUUGUGGAAAAAAAUGAAUCCUCAAACCAAGACUGUGCCAAAGCUAUGAUUUUUCUUCGUCAUCAUUUAGAUGAAGGAUUAAAAUCAGAAUAUCUUACUGUUAAAGAUCCUCUUGUCCUUUGGCGAGAUUUGAAAGAAAGAUUCGACCACCUGAAGUUGGUCGUUCUUCCAAAAGCCCGAUAUAAUUGGCUUCACUUACGGCUGCAAGAUUUUAAAUCUGUCAACGAAUAUAAUUCAGCUAUGUUCAGAAUCACUUCUCAAUUAUCAUUAUGUGGCGAAAAAGUCACUGAUGAAGAUAUGUUAGAGAAAACAUUUUCUACUUUUCAUGUCUCUAACAUGCUCCUGCAGCAGCAAUAUCGAGAGAAGGGGUUUAAAAAAUAUUCUGAACUUAUUGCAUGUCUUCUCUUGGCUGAACAAAAUAAUGAAUUGUUGCUGAAAAAUCAUGAGUCCCGACCACCUGGUGCAAGUCCAUUCCCUGAAGCGAAUGCUACCCAAUUUCAAAAUUCUAGUCGAGGUCGUGGACGUGGCCGUAGAGGUGGCCGUGGAGGAGGCCGGGGACGUGGCCGUAGCCGUGGACGUGAUCGUAGGUUCUCACACUACCGGUGUGGUAUGGAAGGUCAUUGGUCUCGUACCUGUCGUACGGCCGAACAUCUUGUUGACCUCUAUCAAGCAUCAUUGAAAAAGAAAGACAAAGGUGUUGAGACAAAUUUCAUUGAUCAAAAGAAUGACUAUGAUGAUGGUGAUGAUGCUGACAUGACACACCUCGAUGUUGCUGAUUUUUUUGAACAUCCCGAAGAUGUCAACAAAUAUCCCAUGAUUAUUUAG